AUGUACAUCCGUUCGAUUGCGAUACAAGCGCUUGUUGAGCGGAUCAGUAAUCUCGGCAGCGGUGCAGACCAAGUGUGGCAAGACCAUGAGAUUCUGCAGUCAAAACACGCCCAAGGCUUUACAUCGAUCAAAGAGGUUCGCGAGUCGAGCGGCAGGAUUCUCACCAUCGCCGUGGAGCUCUGUAACGAGAAUCUACGACAUUACUGCCCGGUGCGGCUCUACCUAAGAAUCGUGAGCGCAUCGGUCUUCCUGUUAAAAUCCAUCAGCCUGGGAUCACGGGAGGCCGAGAUCGUUGCAUCUCUCAAAACUCUCGACCGGUGCAUUGCGGCCUUGCAGACGAAUUACGCCGAUGAUAUUCACUUAUCCACACGCUACGCAAAGCCGAUUGCCCGGCACGUCCAGCGCUUCAAGCGGAAUUUCCGAGUCAAGAAAAGGGCCUUUGUGCAUGCUGCAAUGGCCUCUCCCUAUCGGAGUCGAGCAUCAUCGCCUUUUUCGGCCGGCAACAACAGAAGCAGGGGAGCGCAGCCUAGGGUCUCACAGUACGGUCUUGUGGAUCAGCAUCAACAACAACAAGACCAAUUUCAACCGCACCUGGAUCAACCACCGGCAUCACAACACCGGCCAUCAUACGCCACUGCUUCAACGCAUGCACACGACGAGCAGUUGCAUGGGCCACAGAGGGCCGGCGACGGGCUUUCCACGGGACAGCUACCGGCCGGCACCAUUGAUCUGUCAAGUGAGUUCAAUUUUGGAGAGGAUGAGAGUACGGAAGACUGGCUAGCGCAACCAUUCAAUCCACAGAUUGCCCCUUUUGGGCAGGACUUUAUGCAGCCUGGUGCAGGGCUUGCUGUGGACUCUCUUGAUUUCCUAUCGAGUAUCCAGUCUUGA